AUGAAGAUGGAAGGUGAGGCGACCGCACUGAAAAGAACCUUAGCCGAGUGGAAAUUCAGUCAAUAUCCUAAGUACAUUUUACUGCCAAUCGAUGAAAAUAACGAACAAAUUUCAUCGAAUGUUAAGAACGUCGUGUUCUCUGAGGCUACUCCGAUUCCACUGGAAAAUAACGUUAGACUCGUGUGUGUCUCUGUAGAUGCACUCGCUAACAUUUUAGACAUGGAUCCGGAUGUAUCGAAUCGAGAGGAAUUCGUGGAGUUUGUAUCCGGCAGGAAACUUCCUUACGGCGCUUUGCCUAUUGCACAUCGUUAUGGAGGUCAUCAAUAUGGUCUAUGGGCUGGUCAACUCGGAGACGGGCGGGCUCAUAUCAUCGGAGAAUAUGUUAAUAGUCGCAAUGAGAGAUGGCAACUGCAGCUGAAAGGGUCAGGUCCGACGCCGUACUCCCGGAUGCGUGACGGUCGCUUGGUGUUACGUGCGGCCAUCAGGGAAAUGGUGGUCAGUGAAGCCUGCCACUAUCUGGGCGUGCCCACAACACGAGCGGCCGCUGUCAUCGUCAGCGAUGAGGCCGUAGUCCGGGACAUGUAUUACUCUGGGUGUCCUCGGCGGGAGAGCGCCGCCGUCGUCCUCAGAUUAGCGAAAUGCUGGUUCCGUUUUGGGUCCUUGGAAGUUCUGAGUCGCGCCGGAGAGCUGACCGUCUUGAGACAGCUGACCGAUUUCAUUAUCAAAGAACAUUUUCCCGAUAUCCAUUUAUCAGACGAGAAUCGUUUUAUAAGAUUGUUCUCUGAUAUAGCUCACAGAACUCUCGAUAUGGUGGCUAAAUGGCAAGGUUUGGGUUUCACGCACGGCUUAUUAAAUACUGACAACAUGAGUAUACUUGGGAUAACAAUGGAUUACGGUCCGUUUGGAUUCGUUGAUUCAUACGAUAGUGGUUUUGUGGCCAAUUGCUCUGACGGUGAAGGAAAAUAUGCCUUGGCGAAGCAACCUGAUGUCGUGGUAUGGAAUAUAGGUCAACUAGCGAAUGCUUUGAAACCGUUAUUGACUUCAUCACAACAAGUGCACAUGUUGCACAUCCUGAAAACCUUGGAUACGUACUGCAAGAAUAAGAUAUUAGAAACGUUUCUAAUGAAGAUCGGUUUGAAAGAAGAGCGUUGGGGAGACGAGCAGCUGGUAGAGAAGUUGUUAGACAUGAUGCAGCAGACUGGGGCCGAUUUUACUGCUACGUUCAGGCAACUAGCUGAGUUGGAACCAUCGGAGCUGGUCAGCGAAGUGAAGAUAUCAGAGAAGUGGUCGCUCAAACGUUUGUCGUCUCACGCUUCGUGGGGCUGCUGGCUCGACCAGUAUCGUGAGAGGCUCGACAAGGAAGCUGUUGACGCGAGCUCAGUUGGAAUGUUUGAGGAUGAGCGUCGGAGGCGCAUGCUGAGCGUCAAUCCAAUUUACGUUCCUCGCAAUUGGAUCCUGCACGAAGCUAUUGUUGACGCCGAAAAGGAUGACUUUGGAAAAGUACAGUUCUUGUUGGAAGUGAUAAGACGUCCCUACGACAUUAACCCAGAGGCUGAAUUACGUGGUUUCUCAGCCCAACCACCUCAAUGGGCGUACGCUUUGAAGAUCAGCUGCUCAACAUAG